AUGGAGAGGAUGAACUGGUUGAGCAGAUUGGCCUCCCGGGGCCCUGGGCACCGUGUACCUCAGGGGUCCAGUCUGCAGGCCCCUGUCAUGGCUGACCCUGAGACCUGCCUCAUGGUUUUCAAGAAUCACUGGUCCCAGGUAGUGCGAAUCCUGGAGCGGCAAGGCCCUCGGGCAGCUUCUGGGGGUGCAGAUGAUCUCAGUGCUGUACGCAACCACACUUACCAGAUGUUGACACUGCUGGUAGAAGAUCGUGUGGUCUCCUCAGCCCCCACGACCCCUGGGCCCUUGCUGGAAUUCGCUUUGCGUGAGGACCUGCUAACCCGUGUGUUGGUUUGGCAGCUUCAAUGGGAUGAGCUUGGGGAUGGGGUUGAGGAACGGCGGGCUGAGCAACUGAAGCUGUUUGAGAUGCUAGUGAGUGAAGCUCGCCAGCCACUAUUGCGACACGGUCCAGUUCGUGAGGCUCUGCUGACCUUGCUGGAUGCCUGUGGCCGUCCUGUGCCCAGUAGCCCAGCACUGGAUGAAGGCCUGGUGCUACUUCUCAGCCAGCUGUGUGUGUGUCUGGCCCGGGAACCUUCAUUGCUCGAGUUCUUCCUGCAGCCACCUCCUGAGCCUGGAGCUGCCCCCCGCCUUCUCCUCUUUUCUCGCCUUGUUCCCUUCGUCCAUCGGGAGGGCACGCUGGGCCAGCAGGCCCGUGAUGCCCUACUCCUGCUCAUGGCUCUGUCGGCCGGGAGUCCCACUGUGGGCCGCUACAUUGCAGAUCACUCUUACUUCUGCCCGGUGCUGGCCACAGGGCUGAGUGCCCUGUACUCCUCACUGCCCCGCAAGAUUGAGGUUCCAGGGGAUGAUUGGCACUGCCUGCGACGGGAGGAUUGGCUGGGAGUGCCAGCCCUUGCGCUCUUCAUGAGUUCCCUAGAAUUCUGCAAUGCAGUCAUUCAGGUGGCUCACCCUUUGGUGCAGAAGCAGCUAGUUGAUUAUAUCCAUAAUGGGUUCUUGGUGCCUGUCAUGGGCCCUGCCCUGCAUAAGACCUCUGUGGAGGAGAUGAUCGCCAGUACCGCCUAUCUGGAGCUUUUCCUACGGAGUAUCUCAGAGCCUGCUUUGCUCCGUACCUUCCUGCGAUUCCUGCUGUUACACCGGCAUGACACCCACACCAUCCUUGACACCCUCGUUGCCCGUAUUGGCAGCAACUCCCGGCUCUGCAUGGUCUCUCUGAGUCUCUUCAGGACCCUACUGAACCUCAGCUGUGAGGAUGUCCUGCUGCAGCUGGUUCUCAGGUAUCUCGUCCCGUGUAACCAUGUGAUGCUGAGCCAGAAGCCAGCUGUACGUGAUGUGGACCUAUAUGGACGAGCUGCAGACAAGUUUCUCUCCCUUAUCCCACGCUGUUGUCGGCAUCGUGCCCCUAGCCCACCCCGUCCAGAGCAUGCCUCAUGGGCACGAGGUGGGCCUAGCAGAGAGGCAGGGAGAAGGGAGGACACAACGGGCCCUGGAAGCCCAAGUGUUGACUCCUCUUCUGUGGUGACAGUGCCCCGGCCCUCCACACCGUCUCGUCUGGCCCUCUUCCUGCGACAGCAGAGUCUGGGUGGCUCGGAAUCCCCAGCUCCAGCCCCUCGCUCACCAGGGCUUGCUGCAUCCCCAGCCUCCAGCCCUGGCCGACGGCCCAGCCCUGUGGAGGAGCCUGGUGAGCUGGAAGACAAUUACCUGGAGUAUCUGCGUGAGGCGCGCCGUGGUGUGGACCGGUGUGUCCGAGCCUGCCGUACCUGGUCUGCCCCCUAUGAUGGCGAGCGGCCCCCUCCUGAGCCUAGUCCUGUUGGCUCCCGGACUAAGAAACGCAGCCUACUGCCUGAGGAGGACAGGGACAAUGUGGGGGAAGGGGAGGAGGAAGAGCUGGGGAGUGGAGGGCUUUCUGGGGGUACAGGGGAGGGCCCUGGCCACCUGCCCCCUCCCCAGCUCAAUGGGGUGCCAGGACCAUGGCCUGAGGGGGCCAAGAAGGUUCGUCGGGUGCCUCAGGAGGGGCCUGGGGAACUGCCAGAGAGCACCUCCGAGGGCAUGGCAGGACUAGAGGGCUUUGGGCAGGAGCUCCGGGAACUGGAGGUGGCAUUAAGCAAUGGGGGGGCUGGCUCAGAACCCCCGCUAGAGCCUCCACUACCUCUUGAGGAGGAGGAGGCCUAUGAGAGCUUCACCUGUCCCCCUGAGCCCCCCGGCCCCUUCCUCAGCAGCCCAUUGCGGACGCUCAACCAGCUGCCAAGCCAGCCCUUCACUGGCCCCUUCAUGGCUGUGCUCUUUGCCAAACUCGAGAACAUGCUGCAGAACUCCGUCUAUGUCAACUUCCUGCUGACGGGGCUGGUGGCCCAGCUGGCCUGUCACCCCCAGCCCCUGCUCCGCUCUUUCCUGCUCAACACCAACAUGGUCUUCCAGCCCAGUGUCAAGUCCCUGCUGCAGGUGCUGGGUUCUGUGAAGAAUAAAAUUGAGAGCUUUGCGGCCUCCCAGGAGGACUUCCCAGCACUGCUAUCCAAAGCCAAGAAGUACCUCAUUGCCCGUGGCAAGUUGGAAUGGGCCGAGGGCCCUGCAGCAGGACCUACCCCCCGCCGCUCCGAUCCCUUAGUGAAGAGCCGGAGGCCAUCCUUGGGGGAGUUGCUCCUGCGGCAUGCACACAGUCCAACCAGGGCCCGGCAGGCGGCACAGUUGGUUCUUCAGCCUGGGAGAGACGGCGCAGGACUUGGCCUAGGUGGGGGCUCCCCUGGGGCUUCAACUCCGGUUCUACCCCCUCGGGGUGGGGCCCCUGAGCGCCAAGGUGAGGCUCUGCGAGUCAAGAAUGCUGUCUACUGUGCAGUCAUUUUCCCUGAAUUUCUCAAGGAGUUGGCUGCCAUUUCCCAGGCCCAUGCUGUCACCUCGCCUUUCUUGUUGGAUACUUCAGAGGAGGGAUCUGGUCCUCCUGUCUCAGGCUUCGGGCCCCUCAAUCCUUAA